AAACGAUCAAUGAGAGAACUCCCCCCAAAUGGCAAGACAUUCGCACGCGACACUUUUUAACAACCGCGUUCGAUGUAAUAAAGCUGUUCCCAACCAUCCUCCUUUCCCUUUCCGAACACAAUCAAGCUUAUCAGGAGCAGCACCCAAUAACGUGCCACCACCUGUCACCCAAACGGCACGGCACUAGUCGUUUUUUCACUUUAACACUCCUCCAAAAAUCAAAUCUAAACCAAAAACCGUUGGUUAAUUAUCACUUAAACUCAAAUAAUCAAACAAACAAACAAGCUAGAUUUGAAAUUGAAAGAGCAACAACAAAUUUAGAACUAAGAAGAAGAAGAAGAAGAUUGCAUUGGAGAACAAUGGCUAGUGGAAGAAGCUACGGAGACGCGAACCAGAAGGUAGAUUACGUGUUCAAGGUGGUGCUAAUUGGUGAUUCCGCGGUGGGGAAGUCGCAGAUACUUGCACGCUUCGCGAGAAACGAGUUCAGUUUGGACUCAAAGGCCACAAUCGGCGUCGAGUUCCAAACGCGCACUUUGGUCAUUCAGCACAAGAGCAUCAAGGCUCAGAUCUGGGACACUGCCGGCCAAGAACGAUACAGAGCAGUUACAAGUGCAUACUACAGGGGUGCUGUUGGGGCAAUGUUGGUUUAUGACAUCACUAAACGUCAAAGCUUUGAUCACAUACCUCGUUGGUUAGAAGAACUGCGUAACCAUGCGGAUAAGAAUAUAGUCAUCAUUCUUAUAGGAAACAAAAGUGAUCUUGAGAACCAGCGUCAAGUACCCACAGAGGAUGCAAAAGAAUUUGCCGAGAAAGAAGGCUUAUUUUUCCUAGAGACCUCAGCACUGGAAGCAACUAACGUUGAAACAGCUUUCAUGACUGUUUUGACAGAAAUAUUCAACAUUAUCAACAAGAAGAACCUAGCUGCUAGUGAUAAUCAGGGAAAUGACAACUCAGCAUCUUUGUCUGGCAAGAAGAUUAUUGUUCCUGGUCCUGCACAGGAAAUUCCCAAGAGGAGCAUGUGUUGUCAGUAAUCCCAACUUUAUUUAUAAUUUAUAAUUUGUUUAAAUUUACUAGAUUUUCAUGGUUCUGUGUUCCUAUCACCAAUUUUUAAUGAUUUGGUGCAUUUCCUUUUGUAUAUUUUUACAUUAUUUAAAAUUAUUUUGCGUGAGUUGCUGAUUAAGGACCAGCAGAGGGAAGUAAUUUCAAUUUACGUUAUUUAAACUUAAGUGUGUUGUUUUA